AUGGGCAGACUGGCAGAAGCCCAGACUUACCUGGAUAAGGUAGAGAACAUUUGCAAGAAGUUUGCAAAUGCUUCCCACUGCAGAAUGGAGUGUCCUGAGAUGAACUGUGAGGAAGGAUGGGCCUUGGCGAAAUGUGGAGGAAAGAAUUACGAACGGGCCAAGGCCUGCUUUGAAAAGGCUCUAGAGGUGGGCCCUGAAAAUCCUGAAUUCAGCACUGGGUAUGUGAUCACUGCCUAUUGCCUGGUCGGUUUUAACACAACAGAGAGUAAUGAGACAUUUUCUCUGCACUGCCUAAAAUGGGCUGUCAGUCUAAAUCCAAAAGAUGCAUACAUUAAGGUUCUCCUUGCCCUGAAGCUUCAGGAUGAAGGACAGGAAGCUGAAGGAGAAAAGCACAUUGAAAAAGCUCUGAUCAGUAUGUCUUCAUAGACCUAUGUUUUUCGAUAUGCAGCCCAGUUUUGUCAAAGAAAAGGCAGUAUAGAUAAAGCUCUUCUGCUCUUAAAAAUGGCCUUGCAGGGAACACCCUCUUCUGCCUUCCUGCAUCACCAGAUAGGGCUUUGCUGCAGGAAACAGACAAAAACAGCUAAAGGCAGGAUAGAGAAACUGUAGACAAAACAAUAAGAUUAGUUUUAUCUCAUGUUGAAUUUGCUGUAGAGCAAAGGCCCACAUUUGCAAUGGUUUAUGUGGACCUAGCCAACAUGUAUGCAGAGGGAGGUGAAUACCAAAAAGUUGAGGACAUUUAUCAGAAAGCACUCAGCCUGCAUGAUAUUAAUAAAA